AUGUCUACCAGUAAAAGCAGCAAAGGCUCCAAAACAUCUCGGAUCACAGUUGCCUGUAAUUCCUGCCGGUCCCGGAAGCAGAAAGUGAGUGCCUCUUCGUUCACUGAUAUCAUCUUGCUGACAGGAUUGAAGUGCAGCGGCAACAGGCUUGCUGACUGCCAAGACCAAUAUGUACUCAAUGCCUCCAAUCCCAUCGGCAGUGUGACUGGCCUGAGCAGCUCAAACGGUUGGUUUCCUGAUCCUCAAGGUAGAUUGUACAAGUCUCACCAAGCCAGAGGACCCGCGAAGGGCUAUAUUGAAGCGCUCGAGCACCGCCUGCAUGAGACAGAACACGUAAUAUUGAGAUUGCUGGCCCACAUGAGCGACGAGCAGUUAGUGAUUGCUGUUGAAGGCGACCAGUCACCCUUUCUGCGUUCGGGGAAGAACGAUGUGCAAUAUUGGAGGCGAUAUCCAUUGCGUACGGCUCGUGAUCUUCGAGAGUGGCAGCGAGGUUGUUCGACAGAAACCAGAGCGUCGCCGUCGAGACGCACCGAAGUUUCUGCGCAAUCGGAAGUCGAAGCUGACGAAAAUAGUCCAGUUCCGUCUGAGCGUCAGCGAACAGAACAACCUGUACCUGCUUAUGAACGGGGUACAAGCGCACACGAAUUCGGACUGAAGUCCACUCAAGUGAUCCGCGGCAAGGAUAUGUACCAGCGUGCUCCAUGGGAGAAUGGUUACGACUCAUCCAACGAAUUGAGAAAAUCGCCGACAGCAAGGGGAUCCAUCUAUAUACCGUCGCCGUUGGAGUCUACCCGGUUAGAAGAUACUCGGUCUUUACCCGCCGGUACUCCCCCCGGCCCAAGCCUUUGGAGUGAAGCGCCCUCGGUAGCUUUCCAGCAGCAAUUCCUCUGGUAG